GCGUCCUUCUCCUCGGCUCCGGGCGCGGAGGAAAGGGGAGGUGGGGGGGCGUGGGGGGGGGACCCGAGCCAGUUCUCCUUUCCGCGCCGCCAUCCCGGACGAUGGUGAAUGAUGAACGUGCCACACCAUGAAGCUCUUGCGGCAGGUACCUGGGCACCACGGCUGGAGCGCGUCCCUGUUCGCCUGCCUGACCGUCCACGCCUGGACGCUCUGCGCCGCCGCCGCCGCCUCGCCCGCCGCCCCGAGCUGCCCCGCCGCCUGCUCCUGCAGUAACCAGCUGGGCAAGGUGGUCUGCACGCGCCGCGGGCUGGCCCAGGUGCCCCCGGGCAUCCCCUCCAACACCCGGUACCUCAACCUGAUGGAGAACAACAUCCAGCUGAUCCAGGCGGACACCUUCCGCCACCUGCACCACCUGGAGGUCCUGCAGCUGGGCCGGAACGCCAUCCGGCAGAUCGAGGUGGGCGCCUUCAACGGGCUGGCCAGCCUCAACACCCUGGAGCUCUUCGACAACUGGCUGACCGUCAUCCCCAGCGGGGCCUUCGAGUACCUCUCCAAGCUGCGGGAGCUGUGGCUGAGGAACAACCCCAUCGAGAGCAUCCCCUCGUACGCCUUCAACCGGGUGCCCUCCCUCAUGCGCCUGGACCUGGGCGAGCUGAAGAAGCUGGAGUACAUCUCCGAGGGGGCUUUCGAGGGCCUGUACAACCUCAAGUACCUCAACCUGGGGAUGUGCAACAUCAAGGACAUGCCCAACCUCACGCCCCUGGUGGGGCUGGAGGAGCUGGAGAUGUCGGGGAACAACUUCCCCGAGAUCAAGCCGGGCUCCUUCCACGGGCUCAAGUCGCUCAAAAAGCUCUGGAUUAUGAACUCGCAGAUCAGCCUGAUCGAGCGCAACGCCUUCGACGACCUCACGGCGCUGGUGGAGCUCAACCUGGCCCACAACAACCUCUCCUCCCUGCCCCACGACCUCUUCGCCCCGCUGCGCUACCUGGUGGAGCUGCACCUGCACCACAACCCCUGGGACUGCGACUGCGACAUCCUCUGGCUGUCCUGGUGGCUGCGCGAGUACAUCCCCACCAACUCCACCUGCUGCGGGCGCUGCCACGCGCCCCUGCACAUGCGGGGCAGGUUCCUGGUGGAGGUGGACCAGACCUCCUUCCAGUGCUCGGCGCCCUUCAUCAUGGACGCCCCGAUGGACCUCAACAUCUCCGAGGGGCGGGUGGCCGAGCUCAAGUGCCGGACUCCUUCCAUGUCCUCCGUUCGGUGGUUGCUGCCGAACGGGACGGUGCUGAGCCACGCGUCCAGCCACCCGCGCAUCUCCGUCCUCAACGACGGCACCCUCAACUUCUCCCACGUGCUGCUGACGGACACCGGCCUCUACACGUGCAUGGUGACCAACGUGGCGGGGAACUCCAACGCCUCGGCCUACCUCAACGUGAGCACGGCCGAGCUCAACACCUCCAACUACAGCUUCUUCACCACCGUCACGGUGGAGACCACGGAGAUCUCCCCCGAGGACGUCUCCCCCAAGUUCACCAAGCCCGUGCCCACCACCUCCACGGGCUACCAGCCGGCCUACACCACCACCACCACCGUCCUGGUGCAGACCACGCGGACGCCCAAGCAGGUGGCCGUGCCCACCGCCGACGCCGGCGACAAGAUGCAGACCAGCCUGGACGAGGUGAUGAAGACCACCAAGAUCAUCAUCGGCUGCUUCGUGGCGGUGACCCUCCUGGCCGCGGCCAUGCUCAUCGUCUUCUACAAGCUCCGCAAGCGGCACCAGCAGCGCAGCACCGUGACGGCCGCCCGGACGGUGGAGAUCAUCCAGGUGGACGAGGACAUCCCGGCGGCGGCGGCGGCCCCCGCCGGCGUCUCAGGUGAGGGGGCGGUCGUGCUGCCCGCCGUUCAUGACCACAUUAACUACAACACCUACAAAGCCGCGCACGGGGCCCACUGGACAGAGAACAGCCUGGGGAACUCGCUGCACCCCCCCGUAACCACCCUCUCUGAACCCUAUAUCAUUCAGACCCACACCAAGGAGAAAGUGCAGGAAACUCAGAUAUGACUUCUAUUUUUUUUCUUUUUUUUUUUUUUUUCCCCAUUUUUUUUUUUGUUUCCCAGAAAUUACAAAUGCAAUAGAAUGCACAAAAACAGAACAAAAAACAAAAAAAAAGAGACAGUAACUUUUGUACAGAGCGGGGGAGAGACUUUUUUUUCUUGUACAUGCUUAUAUAUUAAAUCUAUGGGCUGAUAAGAGGAGCAGAUUAUAUUAAAAUUAAAAAAAAGAAAAAAGAAAAAAAAAAAAAC